AUGCUGCUUUGUCAAAACGCUCAAAUCUACAACGAAGAAGCCUCCCUGAUCCACGAAGACAGCAUCGUGCUCCAGUCGGUGUUCUGCAACGCCAAACAGCGCAUCGAAACCGACGCAGGAGAAUCGGAGGUAGAAGAAGAGAAAGAGGAAUGUAAGUCUGAUACCGAGCCAGUUGUUAAAAAGCCCGAGGCAGAGUCCACGGUGAAAAUGAAAAUUAAGCUCAAGAGCAGAAAGCUCAAUAGUAUCGGUGCUAGUGGUAGGAGAAAACGUCAGAAAAGGUAUAUUUCUGAUGAUGAAGAUGAAGAAGACGAUUAA